AUGAAUUGCUCUCAACCGUGGAGCUCCGAACAAGUUGCACCAUGGACGAAUUCACAGUAUUCUGAUGGCUUCAAUGAUUCUUCUCCUCAAAAAUCAUAUGGCAGCGCGGAAGUGAACCAAUUGGGAGGAGUUUUUGUGAACGGUAGACCGCUUCCGAUCGGAAUGCGAUACAAAAUAGUCGAAUUGGCUCAUCGAGGUGUUCGACCGUGCGAUAUUUCGAGACAACUAAAAAUUAGUCAUGGAUGUGUUUCGAAGAUUCUAACGAGGUAUUCAGAAAACGGGACUAUCAUGCCUGGAACUAUUGGGGGUAGCCGGCCAAGAGUCACGACUCCAAAGGUUGUUGAAUAUAUAAAAUCACUGAAGCGCCUUGAUCCGGGAAUUUUUGCCUGGGAAAUACGCGAUCGAUUGAUAAGCGACCGUAUUUGUGACAGGGGCAAUUUGCCAUCGGUUAGCAGUAUUAGUAGAAUUCUUCGAAAAAAAGAGACAACGAAAUCGAUGGAAAACUCAACAAUGGAACAUCAACAACAAAUUCAGCUGGAUGAGCAGUGUCGAAUUGAAUGGAAUAAUCGAACACAAAUACCAAAUUCUUGUGUUCCGUAUAAUUCUUUUCUCAAUCAAUACCCAAUCGAUCAACAUUCUCCAGAAACGUAUCCUUCUCAUUUUCAAUGCUGA